UAAUCGAACAAUAAAGCUGACUACUAUAUUUGAUAGCGAUAAAAUAUAGUAUUAUGUAGUGUAUUGUACUCUUCGUUCAUGUUACAAUUACACGUUGGUGGGUGAUGCACCAACAAGCUAACGUUAGCUAGCCAUCUAGCUAGUAUCAACACAACAAAUAACGAUAGUUAGCGAGCUAAUUUCAGACUAAAUGGUUUGGUGUGUGAGACCAGAAUAUUCGCUCUGUUCCUCGCAUAGAUGGUAGAUAUGAUAUAAUUGUUAAAUAGCCAGCUAACCUUUCGAAAUUAAAGGAUUUAGUUAGCUACAUAGCAAGCGUUGUUUUGUUCUUCAAACACCACGCCGAGGAUCUCAAUGUCAAUGAUGAAUUACGCGGAAAAGUCAGAAGAUAUUACUAAAGAUGAAUGGAUGGACAAACUGAACAAUGUACACAUACAGAGGGCGGACAUGAACCGGCUCAUUAUGAAUUACCUUGUGACAGAAGGGUUUAAAGAGGCAGCUGAGAAGUUUCGGAUGGAGUCUGGGAUCGAGCCCAGUGUGGACCUGGACUCUCUGGAUGAGAGGAUAAAGAUUAGAGAGCUGAUCCUGAAGGGACAGAUACAGGAGGCCAUCGCACUCAUCAACAGCUUACACCCAGAGCUGCUUGACACCAAGCGCUACCUGUACUUUCACCUGCAGCAACAGCACUUGAUUGAGUUAAUCAGGCUGCAGGAGACAGAGUCUGCGUUGGAGUUUGCCCAGACACAGCUGGCAGAGCAGGGGGAGGAGAGCCGUGAGUGCCUGACAGAGAUGGAGAGGACGCUGGCUCUUCUUGCCUUCGACAACCCAGAAGAGUCGCCCUUUGGAGACCUGCUUAACAUGAUGCAGCGACAGAAGGUGUGGAGUGAGGUGAACCAGGCUGUGCUGGACUAUGAGAACAGGGAGUCAACACCCAAACUGGCCAAGCUACUCAAGCUGCUGUUAUGGGCUCAGAACGAGCUGGACCAGAAGAAAGUCAAAUACCCCAAAAUGACAGACCUCAGCAAAGGCACUAUUGAGGAUCCCAAGUGAAAUGAACGAGCAGUGACAUGGACUACCACACUUCCUUUCUCCUAUUUAUAAGCAGUCGACGACUGGAUGAUAACGUAAUAAAAACAUAUUAUAUAUACCAAUAUAAAUACUUUUUUCAUGUUGCAUAUAUGAGAGGACUUAAUUGAUUGUGCAAACAGUAUAUGGCUGUAUUUUAAAAAGUGACAACUGCUAUGAUGAUAUAAACAUUCAACAGUGUACCCACAUUUAUAGUCAUUUUGAAAGACAAAUUUAAAUUGCUGGUUUAUAUUUGAGUACCUGAAAAAUAAGUAUUAUUCACUUUUACUUGAGUAUCAUGGUGAGUUCUGAGUAUCAUUUUGUUUUAUUUGUUUUUAAGCCACUGGGUUGCCACGCACUAGCGGUUCUGGGGGGGGGGGCAGUGCCCCUGUGACAACAAUUUUGGCCCCCUAAAUGUGGAGUAUGAAAUCAUUUUUACAUAACUAAUUUUUGCUAUCGUUCUUUUUUUACAUCCAUUAUUAGACAGUGGCAACACGGAAUACUAAUUUAACCCAAACAUUUUCCAGAGGGACGGCUUUAGGCGGAACACAACAUUAUCGUACCACAUGCAUCUGCAUUAUGAACAUGGUCUUUUGCCUGCUAAUGCCUGCAAUGCAGUGAAGAAAACGAUAUGACAACAAUAACGUCUAAUGUAACUGGCCCCUCUAACAGUACUACUCUCCCCAGCUUGCCCCCCCCCCCCAGAUGAAAUGGUCUAGAACUGCCACUGUUGCCACGCUGAGUGGAGUUAUGAUUUUAUACAUAUAAGGUAGACUUUAAGACUAAAUUAGGCUCAUGUGUAAAGGAAAGAGAGGAAUAGGCUAUACGCCACUUUUUCUAGAUAAAGGGUUUGGAUUAAGUGGAAACUGUGUUACCCAGCCUUUUAUCUACUGUACUUUGAUAGGCUAUAACCGGUAAUCUGAUAUUAACCUGUCUACUGCUGGAUGAAAUUAUUGCUUACAUGGAAAUACGGGUUUCUUUUAAAUGGUUGGCUGAGUUUACAUUCCCUUCUGUCUGUGAAAGACACAUGGAGCUCUGCCUUGUAUUGUUUGUUUGUUUUGUUGAGGAUUGAAAAGUUGUAGAUGGUGGAAACCUUGACCUUUCACAGUAGUAGGGCUGUACUUAUUUUUCUCCUACAGGAGUAGAGAGAAGUUAGGUACACAUGACCAGUUUGCUGUUAACUUAAGAGUUAGUUACCAGUUAGAAUUUUUACAUUUACUGCACAGAUGCAUGUAGUGUAAUGUUGUUGAAUUAGUUAUGGUCAUUACAGAAGCACUCAUGCCUUGUUUAUGUUAUGUGGGAGUUUAAAUAUUUGUUUCCUUUGUACCUGCUGCUAAAUGUCCAUUAUUCAUUUCGUAUAACUUUUUAUUGUACUGUAAGACAAUGUGAUCAUAGAGACUGCAGAUAACUCCCCUCUUAUUAUUGGACGUUUUUCAGGCAAUAUUUGCAGAUAUGGAAAUAAACAAUUAUUUUGAGUGACA